UGCACAAUAUAAUGCUAUCCAACAUAAAAUACAUUGAACCCUUUUCUUAUCAUCACAAAACCACUACUAUCUAAUCCUCUCCUCUAACAUUCUCUUACAUAUGAUCAAAAGUUGCAACCCAUUCAUUUCUGAAAAACCAAUGUCUGCAGACCAAGUUUUGCAGUUGUUGGAUACCAACUGGUUUGAGACAUCAAUUCUCACCACCAACAACAGAAAAACAUCUUCACCUUUACAUUCAACAACGUUACUAGAUUCAACCAUAAAGUCCGAUGUAGAAGAACUUAUUUUUCUAGACACAAAACUCCUUAAAAUCCCAACACUUCAAGUAAGAUCUUUUAGCCACGAAAACUUAGGUUCGAAAAUCGGUUCUUUUUCUGAUUCCCUUUCACCAAACUCCGUCCUCUUACCACAGAAGCUCAAACCAAUUCUCUCAGGUAUAGAAGCGAAAGAAUUCACACUGGAAAAAGAAUCAACCGAUGCGAAAAAGAUGAGUCGUCGUGGUACUCGUAGAACCCUACUCAGAAAAGGUAAAAAAACUAGUAGGAGUUUUUCAGAGCUUGAGUUUAAGGAGCUUAAAGGGUUUAUGGAUUUGGGAUUUAUAUUUUCGGAGGAAGAUAAGGAUUCAAGAUUGGUUUCUUUGAUACCUGGAUUGAGCAAAAAACAACACAAUGUUGAUGAUGAAAGUGUCAUUUGUAGACCUUAUUUGUCCGAGGCAUGGGAUCUUAUAAAGAAAAGGAAAGAUGUGAAUCCUUUGCUUAAUUGGAGAGUACCAACUCUUGGCAAUGAGAUUGAUAUGAAGGAUAAUCUCAAGUUUUGGGCUCACACAGUUGCAUCUACAGUAAGAUAACAGGAAUCAACAAGUUUUUCUCUUUUUCUUUCUGGUGAUCAAUGUUUCAAAUGUAUUCUUCUUGAUUAUCUUUGGAGGACUCUUUGUUGUAUAUAUUUGAAUAAUGUACUAUACUUCUCAAAUAAUUUUUUGACUCCAAUUUCUUUUA